UGACGUGUCCAGAGGGUCCAACCCUGACAUCCCUUUCUGGUUCCUCCACUUGGGAUCCGAUAUCCAUCUCUGGCGGCUCCAGGAGGGCGGGAGGGGCCUGGAGGGUUCCGCAGAAGCCGAUGCGAACUGCACUCACCCAGUCAAAAGGCGACACCAAGCCUGAGCGAUCCGGGAACGAAUGCGGCUCAAACUCCACGCCUCGCGCACGCGCACUGGGAGUCAGCUGGACUGCUCGAGCAGUCACGUGACGCGGGGCGGUGCCGAGCAGGCGGGAGGGAGGGAAGCGGCUGCCGGCAGGGAAGCAAACGGCGGGACCCAUCACUCAAGUGGCAGCAGCAUGGCCGCGCUCUACGGGGGUGUAGAGGGGGGAGGCACACGGUCCAAGGUCCUUUUACUCUCGGAGGAUGGGCAGAUCCUGGCAGAAGCAGAUGGACUGAGCACAAAUCACUGGCUGAUCGGGACAGACAAGUGUGUGGAGCGGAUCAAUGAGAUGGUGAACAAGGCCAAACGGAAAGCAGGGGUGGAUCCUCUGGUACCUCUACGAAGCUUGGGCCUAUCCCUGAGCGGUGGGGAGCAGGAGGACGCGGUGAGGAUCCUGAUGGAGGAGCUGAGGGACCGAUUUCCCUACCUGAGUGAAAGCUACCUAAUCACUACCGACGCCGCCGGCUCCAUCGCCACAGCUACGCCGGAUGGUGGGAUCGUGCUCAUCUCUGGGACAGGCUCCAACUGCAGGCUCAUCAACCCUGAUGGCUCUGAGAGUGGCUGUGGUGGCUGGGGCCAUAUGAUGGGAGACGAGGGCUCAGCCUACUGGAUUGCACACCAAGCAGUGAAAAUAGUCUUUGACUCCAUUGACAACCUAGAGGCGGCUCCUCAUGAUAUUGGCUAUGUCAAGCAGGCCAUGUUCAACUAUUUCCAGGUGCCAGAUCGGCUAGGAAUACUCACCCACCUGUAUAGAGACUUUGAUAAAUGCAGGUUUGCUGGGUUUUGCCGGAAAAUUGCAGAAGGUGCUCAGCAGGGAGACCCCCUUUCCCGUUACAUCUUCAGGAAGGCUGGGGAGAUGCUGGGCAGACACGUGGUAGCAGUGUUGCCUGAGAUUGACCCGGUCUUGUUCCAAGGGGAGAUUGGCCUCCCCAUUCUGUGUGUGGGCUCUGUGUGGAAGAGCUGGGAGCUGCUUAAGGAAGGUUUUCUUUUGGCGCUGACCCAGGGCAGAGAGAUCCAGGCUCAGAACUUCUUCUCCAGCUUCACCCUGCUGAAGCUGAGGCACUCCUCCGCCCUGGGUGGGGCCAGCCUGGGGGCCAAGCACAUUGGGCACCUCCUCCCCAUGGACUACAGCGUCAAUGCCAUUGCCUUCUACUCCUACACCUUCUCCUAGGGGGCUGGCUUUGGCUCCACCACUCCAAGCCCAGUGGACAUUGGGUGCUGAAAGGGAGGAGUCUUUUUCUUCCUUUUUCCUUUAACAAAAAAACACAUAUAGAAGAAAAUAAAUGCACUUUACCCACUCC